GGGCAAGAUGGCGUCGCUCUCGCUGCUCCGGGCCUCCACGCCGGCCACCGGCGGCUUCUCCUUCCACAACUGCGCCCGGAAUGCCCAGCUGGAAGCAGAGGGGGCCCAGAAGGGUCUUCGGCUGCCCACCGCUCGCAAGACGGGCACCACCAUAGCCGGCGUGGUGUACAAGGACGGUAUCGUGCUGGGGGCGGACACCCGGGCCACCGAAGGGAUGGUGGUGGCCGACAAGAACUGUGCCAAGAUCCAUUUCAUCGCUCCCAACAUCUACUGCUGUGGGGCCGGAACGGCUGCAGACACCGAAGUGACCACCCAGAUGAUCUCUUCAAACAUGGAGCUUCAUUCCCUCUCAACCGGGCGGCUUCCCAGAGUCGUGACGGCCAACCGGAUGCUCAAGCAGAUGCUUUUCAGGUACCAGGGAUAUAUCGGGGCAGCGUUAGUCCUGGGUGGGGUCGAUGUCACCGGCGCUCACCUGUACAGCAUUUAUCCUCACGGCUCGACCGACAAGCUGCCUUACGUCACGAUGGGUUCGGGAUCCCUGGCAGCCAUGGCGGUCUUCGAGGACAAGUUCAAACCUGAGAUGGAGGAAGAAGAGGCCAAACAGCUGGUAAAAGAUGCUAUUUCAGCUGGCAUAUUUAAUGAUUUGGGCUCUGGCAGUAAUAUCGACCUCUGCGUCAUCAACAAGAGCAAAUUGGAUUUCCUCCGUCCGUACAACACCCCGAACAAAAAGGGGGAAAGGCAAGGAAAAUACCGGUGCGAGAAGGGAACCACGGGUGUCCUGUCGGAAAAGGUCAUCCGUCUGGAACUGGAGGUGGCGGAGGAGACGGUGCAGACCAUGGACACCUCCUGAUUCCCGGCGGAGAGUGCCCAGGACACAUUUCGGGGACCGAGAGUAUUCCUUUGGUGUCGAAAUAACCUUUUGCAAUGUUAUAAUUUACACGAAUAAAACAAA